UAAAGCUAAACAUGCCCAUCUCUUCCACCCCUCUCCUCCUCCCACAUAAUGUUUCGGCAAGACGGCAAGCACAAUUCAAAAUUGAGAAACGGUAUAUGUGGUUAGGGCAUAUAUUUAUUUACACACGCACUCUCUACAGCCGCUAGUCGUCACUUUCAUCUCUCUCCGGUUACGCCACCGUCGCCGUCGACUACCGUCGUAAAGCCUCUUCCGGCGCGUCGCUCUGCCUCCAUUGCUAGUGGCAGAAGUCAUCUAUUAUCACCUCACCGAGUUAUGCUAAAAAAAUUGGAAGCCAGCAAUUUUUUUUUAUAUGUUCAAAUCAAAAGAGAAGAAAACCUCAUUAGAGAAUAUUUCAAUUGUUGGGGAAAUGAGAUCACAAUACAUCAAAAUGAUUCAUUUAAGAUGUGGUGAAGGCUGAAGUGCUCUGUUUGCAGAUGUGGGGUUUUAAAAAGAGUGAUGGUGCCAUCAAAAUUGAAUCUGAAGCAAGAAAAAAGGAACUGGUUGGAUCUCCCAUCCGAUGUUACGGCCAAUAUACUUAACAGAAUUGGUAUGGUUGACAUACUUGAGAACGCGCAGAAAGUGUGCACUGCUUGGCGUAAGAUUUGCAAGGACCCUGCUAUGUGGAGGGUCAUCAAUAUGAACGACUUACGGGGAGCAAUUGCAGAAGUCUCAGCUGAUAAAAUGUGUAAGCAUGCCGUGGAUAGAAGCCAAGGCCAGUUAGUUGAUAUCACCAUUGUUUCUACUUAUGAUGCUGAACUUCAUCUAUAUGUUGCUGAUAGAACAAGUGAGCUCAGACGGCUUGAAAUGGCACAUCUAUUUUUCUUUGGAAAGUUGACUACAGUUGCUUUGAUGAAAUAUCCGUUGUUGGAGGAACUAAACCUUUACGAGAUAAGAAUCUCAAAAGAAGAGAUUGAAACUGUUGGCCGUUAUUGCCCCAUGCUAAAAACACUCAAAGUGAAUAAAAGAGGAUAUGAAGGGUCUUUAACGAGAUAUAAUGAGAUAGCCAUAGCUAUUGGACAAAACCUGCCUGGGAUAAGGCACCUUGAACUCAUUGGAAACAAGAUGACGAAUGUUGGGUUGCGUGUGAUUCUCGAUAACUGUCAUCACCUUGAAACACUUGACUUGCGUGAAUGCUUGUACAUUGACCUUGAGGGAGAUCUAGGGAAACAAUGCUCUAAACAGAUUAAAUAUCUAAAACUUCCCAAUGAUUCUCUUGAAGACUACCCUUACAUUUAUUUAACAGAGAGCGAGUAUUUUAACGAUGACUAUUACUAUGUUGAUGCCUAUGAAGUUUCUACAUAGAAGUAAGCUUUUAAAGACAGAUUGCAGCUCUUCUUGAUUUUGGAGUCUAAAUGAUGGUUAUUAUGAUCUACAAACAGUUGAGUCGGUUUCCAUGAAAAAUAGCUUACUAGAAACACAUGUUUGAUUGCCUUUGUUGAUACCAUUUUUGGUUAUUCUAUUUUUGAAACUGCAGCUGCUGUUUACUGCAGUACGUUAAUUUACUCUUAUGCUUUUGUUAAAUUAUUGGAGUGACUUUUUGGCUUUCUUUGUAAUGCUCUAAACAGCUCUCUACCAUUUCUUUAUUGUUGUGCUUAACUUA